UCUGUUGGUUUCCGACAGGUAAAUUUAAGCUAUCUCACGUUAGUGUGUAGUGGCAUCGUCUGCUUCUUUAUCAAUUUAGAAUGUCUACACUGAAAACAAGAAAACGGCUUUCGUAUUUCAAUCUUGGGCUGUUUUUUUUAAUGGGAGGCAUUGAAUAUGCGGUGGUCCUGCCAACUCUGUGGCUGUAUAUUCAGGACCGGUUUGAUUCUCCUGAGUACAUGCUGGGGAUCAUUAUGUCUGCCUACAGCCUAGCUGCCAUGAUUUCCAGCCCACUGCUUGGAAGGUGGGCAGAUAAAUCAAGGAAUCCUAGAAUUAUCAUAAUACUAUGUGGCAUUGUGCAAGUGGGAGGAAACUUUAUGUAUUUCAUUGGCCUGAGCCAGUGGUUCUUGUUAGCUAGCCGAUUGGUUGUAGGUUUUGGUGCAGGAGGCGGGUCUGUGAUCAUGGGAGAAAUUGGUCGUGUCACCACAGAACAGGAGAGAACUGGGAUAAUUGCCCUCUUGAUUGCCAUCAGACAGUGUGGUUUACUAUUAGGGCCAGGCUUGAAUGUAUUCCUGCGUUUAACUGAUUUCCAUAUAGGACCGUUUUUGGUAGAUAAAUUCAGUUCGCCAGGGGUUUUCAUGGCUGCAAUCUGGGCCCUACAGUCCUUACUUAUGGUUUUCCUAUAUAAGGAUCUGCAUAAAAUCCAAGCUGAAUCCAUCGCUGAAGAAAAGCGUACAAAGAAAACUGAUACAAUUCAAAACUAUAGUUCUAUUGACAACAUGGAUUCUGUAGAGAGAGACUUACUUCACACUGUUAACGAGAGUGACCAGAGGUACAUGGAAAUACACAGCAAAACACUGCCUCAAAAAGAACCAACCCUCUCAAGGGCAGAUAACUCCAGGCUGACACCUGUUCUUGGAGAAACUUCUUCCUCUACAGAAAAUUUAAAUAGCCAGGAACUGCAUGAAUUGUCCUGGAGAUUUCUAUAUACAGAAUAUGUUCGAGAAGAAGUUGUAGUAUUAAUGGCGGUGCAGUUCAACAGCUAUUUCAACCAGGUUGGGUUUGAGACUAUGAUAACACCUCUGUCACAGAAGUUUCUACACUGGGGAGAGCUAGAAAACAGUAUCAUGUACUGCUGUGCUGCUGCUGAGGUGAUUGCUGUGUUUAUGUUAGUACGAUAUCUAAGUAAACGUCUCCAGGACCGAACAAUGAUACUGAUAGGAUUGUCGACACUUGUACUGGCCUGUGGUUGGCUGCUCUAUGCUGUUCCAAAUAGUGACCCAGAUAAGCCAUCCACCAACCUUCCUAUGUUUAUAGUAGGGCUGGUGUUAGACAUGUUUGCUCUACCGUUUCUGGCAGUGUGUAGUAUAUCAUUGUUCUCCAAGGUCACCAAGAAGGAGCAUCAGGGUUUGAGUCAAGGACUGAGGAGAAUUGUGGUGGGGUGUGGUAUGAUCCUGGGUCCUUUAUGGACGGGAUCUGCCCUCUCCUGGCCCUACAUCAUGUUAGGGGUCAUGCUAGGACUUCUAGUCAUGUCAUUGGUGAUGCUACUGUUGUCCUACGGGAGACUGGACAGGAAGGAGGAAUCCCCUGUCGUACAGUCAGUCCAGGCCGACCCUGUGUACACAGAAUCUAACGAAAAUCAACCAUUGUUGUCUUGAUAGAAAGUACUGUAUAUUGUUUUUCAUUUUUAUAGAACCAUAACACCAACUUUGCUAUGGUUUUACAAAUUCAAUCAUUUCACUGAUUUUAUAUUCCAUGGCCGCAAUUUGUUUAUUUGUGACAAUUUGUAGCUGUUUUAUCAAACAUUUGAUGGGAUCAAUAAUUAUAUCGUGACAUGUGUUUUUGCCAAUUAUUUUGUCUAUAUCGUAUAUAACAUCUUAUAUAAGUUUCUUUUUCAUACAAGUUCAAACAAGCGUGAAAGUACAUUGUACAAAUAUUAUUUUUUUGAGAAAUUUAGGUUGGUGAGCUUAUGUUAAAAUUUUGGGAUACAUUCUUUUUAUUUGAAAAGAAAACCGAUUUCAAAUACCAUUGUUUCAAAUUACUAAGAAUCAGAAUUAUGAUUAUCUGCUAGGGAAUAUACACUGUUUAUCGUUUUGUUUUUGCAUUUUCUUACUUUUCGAAAUUGUAUUCCGAAUGAGGUACAUAUAUUUGCUAGAUUUCAAAUUCGUAUAAAUAACAGUUAUUUCCACCCUAAACUAUUUUACCACAGUGACUCCAACCUGUAAUGAACAAAAGUGGGCGUGACACACAUGAUGUAGUAUACAGUCCUAGUUGUGGAUAAUUAAACACUGGAAGGCUUAAAAGGAAGUUGAUGUCAUGAUUCACUGAAAUAGUAUUAGGAAGAAAAUACCUUUUAAGCAAUUAUUUUCAUGACUUUACUUUUACAGACAGAAAUAAAUUUGAAACCAAGAGCAAUGUAAAGUUGUCUUACAUCUGUUUACUCUUUGAUUGAAAUCUACACAAAGAUACUAUAAUUUGGAAUGAAAUGCGCGUAGGAAUCUGGAAUGAGAUGAUUAACAGGUCAGUGUAUUUGUCUGCUAAUGGAAGCUGUCACUGUCCAAUACUGUAUCCCAUGGAAAACCCAUUGCAAUUCUCAUAAAGGAAACACAUAAAGGUUGGGCAUUAAGUUAUGUUUCAAAUAAUGAUCACCAACAUUUAAAACUGAUAAUUAACUAAUAGUCCAUGUAUUCAUGGACAUAAUUUCCAGUAAUGUUUACAUGCAUAAAAGUUGUAUUUUGUGUUUGUUAUUUUUUUAUCAUUCAUUUUACAAUUAAAUACAUUUACAUUUAUAUAAUCAGGUGAUAUAGAUAUUUCCUUCAAUGUUAUGAUAUUAACAUGUGAUAUUUGAUAUAUUCAGGAUAUUCUUUUUUAUGAUAUAUUUGUUAUUUGGCGAUUGAGUUUAAAGCUUGUCUAUAUUUUGUAACAGCGAUAUAGGCACCUAUAAUACAAUGUUAUAGGUAUUAAUAGUUGUUACAUUGUUGAAAUGCAGAUUGCCUCUGCUAUGGACCAACAAAGGCCCCAUUCUUUAACUACUGUUUAGUGAUAAAUGUCCAAUGGAGAAUAAUCCACUAACUUUAAAGUUCCUCCUUUGAUCAAGAGGUUAAUGAGUUUGUUGUUGUUGUAUAAACCUGACUGUCACGGAUAGGUCUGAAGCCUAUUAAUACAGCUUAAUGACAACUACAAUAGGAAUAACUUACCGUAGUGAUACAUUGUUAUAAGUAUCCAGUGUCAGUUUGACCUUUAUAAGUGACAAUAAUACAGUUCUAUAUAAGUAUCCAGUGUCAGUUUGACCUUUAUAAGUGACAAUAAUACAGUUCUAUAUAAGUAUCCAGUGUCAAUUUGACCUUUAUAAGUGACAAUAAUACAGUUCUAUAUAAGUAUCCAGUGUCAAUUUGACCUUUAUAAGUGACAAUAAUACAGUUCUAUAUAAGUAUCCAGUGUCAAUUUGACCUUUAUAAGUGACAAUAAUACAGUUCUAUAUAAGUAUCCAGUGUCAGUUUGACCUUUAUAAGUGACAAUAAUACAGUUCUAUAUAAGUAUCCAGUGUCAAUUUGACCUUUAUAAGUGACAAUAAUACAGUUCUAUAUAAGUAUCCAGUGUCAAUUUGACCUUUAUAAGUGACAAUAAUACAGUUCUAUAUAAGUAUCCAGUGUCAAUUUGACCUUUAUAAGUGACAAUAAUACAGUUCUAUAUAAGUAUCCAGUGUCAAUUUGACCUUUAUAAGUGACAAUAAUACAGUUCUAUAUAAGUAUCCAGUGUCAAUUUGACCUUUAUAAGUGACAAUAAUACAGUUCUAUAUAAGUAUCCAGUGUCAAUUUGACCUUUAUAAGUGACAAUAAUACAGUUCUAUAUAAGUAUCCAGUGUCAAUUUGACCUUUAUAAGUGACAAUAAUACAGUUCUAUAUAAGUAUCCAGUGUCAAUUUGACCUUUAUAAGUGACAAUAAUACAGUUCUAUAUAAGUAUCCAGUGUCAAUUUGACCUUUAUAAGUGACAAUAAUACAGUUCUAUAUAAGUAUCCAGUGUCAAUUUGACCUUUAUAAGUGACAAUAAUACAGUUCUAUAUAAGUAUCCAGUGUCAGUUUGACCUUUAUAAGUGACAAUAAUACAGUUCUAUAUAAGUAUCCAGUGUCAAUUUGACCUUUAUAAGUGACAAUAAUACAGUUCUAUAUAAGUAUCCAGUGUCAAUUUGACCUUUAUAAGUGACAAUAAUACAGUUCUAUAUAAGUAUCCAGUGUCAAUUUGACCUUUAUAAGUGACAAUAAUACAGUUCUAUAUAAGUAUCCAGUGUCAAUUUGACCUUUAUAAGUGACAAUAAUACAGUUCUAUAUAAGUAUCCAGUGUCAAUUUGACCUUUAUAAGUGACAAUAAUACAGUUCUAUAUAAGUAUCCAGUGUCAAUUUGACCUUUAUAAGUGACAAUAAUACAGUUCUAUAUAAGUAUCCAGUGUCAAUUUGACCUUUAUAAGUGACAAUAAUACAGUUCUAUAUAAGUAUCCAGUGUCAAUUUGACCUUUAUAAGUGACAAUAAUACAGUUCUAUAUAAGUAUCCAGUGUCAAUUUGACCUUUAUAAGUGACAAUAAUACAGUUCUAUAUAAGUAUCCAGUGUCAGUUUGACCUUUAUAAGUGACAAUAAUACAGUUCUAUAUAAGUAUCCAGUGUCAGUUUGACCUUUAUAAGUGACAAUAAUACAGUUCUAUAUAAGUAUCCAGUGUCAGUUUGACCUUUAUAAGUGACAAUAAUACAGUUCUAUAUAAGUAUCCAGUGUCAGUUUGACCUUUAUAAGUGACAAUAAUACAGUUCUAUAUAAGUAUCCAGUGUCAAUUUGACCUUUAUAAGUGACAAUAAUACAGUUCUAUAUAAGUAUCCAGUGUUAAUUUGACCACAGCAACAAAAGUAAGGGUAUAUUUGAGUAUACCUUCAGUGUUCAUUUGACCAUAGUGACAACCGAGAAUGUAUUUUGGAGAUAUUAUGAAUAUUCUUCAUUUGAAAGACACCAGUAUUUGAGACAAUGAUAAAUUUAAAGAAGUUUAAUACAGUAACUGUAGAGAUUAAAAACAAAAUAAAGAGCGAUUCAUAUAAUUUAAAAAAACAACACUUGUUUCACAGUUGUUGUAUAAAUUAAGUGACUAUUAUAUAAGAUGACUGUAGUUGUGUAGAAAAGUUCAAUCUUUCCCCUUAACUACCUUACAUAAUGUUAGGACUCAGAGAAAAGUAGUAGCCUGAUUAAGAAUGAUAAUGGUUGACUAAAUUACAGUUCUAGUGGUACAUGUAGUUAUAUUUUUCCCUCUUUUGACAUCGAAUUAGAAGAUUGAAUGAUGAAAAGAGGCAAAUUACAAAAUUAUUGUAUUCCUGAGCCUGUAUUAAUAGAACCGUUCUGAUGCUCAUGUAUGGUUCUUUUGCUCAAGCAUAAUUUCUUGAUCUGGUUAUAAAUUCUUAAAAAGUUCAUUGUGUCAUUGAUUUGGAAAAUGUUUGUAGAGACUUAGAGCUGAAAGCUGUUUUCAAUGUUUACAAUUGAAUUUUUGAUCGUUUGACAUGAUUUAAGUGAGUUAUAAGAAAGUUGGUUAGAGCACAGAAUCCAGGCUUAAGCAUGAGUAUGGUUUCUCGAAUACGGGCCCUGCUUGUUAUGGAUUGCUGCUCUUUCAAAUGAUUAUUUGUAGGCCUUAAAAAAUUGUUGCUCAAGCACAUUAAUUUGAGUGCACUAUUUUAACUGUAUUUAUGGUAGAUGUAGCUGUUCAGUGUUGAAUGGCAAGUAUAUGUGAUGAUCCUUUGUUUGUACCUGUUCAGUACAUGAACAUUUCAUUAAAUUAGGUCAGUAUUUGGAAAAAAGGUGCAUCUUUGAACAUUUCUAUAGCUGUUUCAAUGUUUUUUUUAUUAGUGUUAGACUAAUUGACUGGAGAAAACACUAUUUCUUAAAGUUCUGUAACAAAACUUUGAUUGUUGAUGUUAAUUUAAUAUAUAUUAUAAAUGUUAGCCAAAUAAGUUCAGAUUUUUUUGUGAUUCGUUAUAGGUGAUCUGUCCGAAAACUGUUUUUCUUGAAAAGUUACAAGAUUGCCAAAAAAUGCUUGGAAAAUGCUGGAAAAAUGCAUUAUUUUUCCUGAAAACUCUCAUGUGUCAAUGCAUCAACUUUGUAUGGACAAAUUAUUUAUAAACCAAGUACUCAUUUAUCAGAAUAGCAUGCAUGGCUAAAGAAAAAGCGAAAAAUGCGUUUUUGUUUGAAAGUUUUAUUUAAAUAUUAAUUUUUGUGACGUCAUACCAUGUGUUAGCACUACAUGACUGUAACAUCUGGACAUCAUAUGACAUGAUUUUAGCACUACGUACAGUAUAUGACUGUAACAUCUUGACAUCAUAUGACAUGAUUUUAGCAUAAUAUGUACAUUUGUAGCUGCCUGGACGUAGUUUUGUAUUACAAGGAAGUUGUGUUCAGAUCCUCUGUUUUAUUAUUUACAGCCUUGUUUAUUCUAAAGACAUGUACAGUCGAUCAUUAUCAGUAAAACAGUCAGCAACAGUGCCGUAUUAUUUUUAACCUCAGGGUAGUCUUUCUCUACUGAGUCGUUUAAAAAAAAAAGUUUCUUGUCUUCAGAUGAAUAAUUGUAACGAAGUCUUGGACAUUUCACGAGUUGUUUUGAUAUGUUACACUUACCUAUUAUUUAUCGUUGUUAAUCGUAUGACAAGUGAUAAGUGCUACAUCCCUGCUGAUGUCUUCUCAUCAUACCUGUGGUAAUGUUAUAAUGUAACUACAAUGUAGUAGAAAUAUAAUUUGACGUAGAAGGAUUAUCUGGAUUAUCUCCUUUUAUUUUACGUCAUUUUCAUUAAACACUCCGGUGCUAUACUCAGAAUAAAUGCAAUUGAUAGUGUAUGUUUUAUCGGAGAUAGCUAUUAUUUACUAGAAUUAAAAUUUCGACAUAUAUUAUGUUCUUUUUAUAUAACUUAUGCAGUGUUUUUGUUUGUCGUCAGCUUUGAUUUUUUUUUUUUAUAUAUAUUUUUUAUAAAUGCUAUUUGCUUUGUCAAUGUAGUAUUUUAGUUUAAAAGAAUGAAAAGUAAUUUGGUAUUGUAUGUGUACUAUAAAAUUGUAUGCAUUUAUACCAUGUGCCUAACGUCAUCUGGUUGUUGGGGAACCGACCCGUUUCAUAUACCAUAACUUGUUGCUGACAAGUUGAUGAGUGACAUGUAUAAACAAUAUUUUGUGUAGUUAAUUAUUUCACUUAUUUUAUCAGCUGCAUUGUGAUACUCUCGACUAUAAUGUACAUGUAAUUUGUAAGUCAAUGAUUAUAUAAUCUAUGUUAAUAUAAUUGUUAACUUAUUCGUCCAAUUAUUUCAAAUGUUAUGUAAAAUUAAAUAUGACCUCCAUGUUUGUUUUGUUAUUAAAUAAACACGUGUUAUUGGCGAUGUCAACAGUAAACCCAUGCUAAUGUCUGCAUGUCCUCAUGCACGUUUCCAUGUUUACGAAAUAAAAAAGGUUAAACUUC